UAGCUACAAUAUCUGUCAUUUCUGUUUUUGCUAGAAUUAGGUAGUUCUUGAAAAAACAAAACAUGUAUGGUGGUCUGAAUAGUUCAGCUUCAUCUUCAGAUGCAAUAUCUAGAGAUAUGAAUGCGUUACUAUAUUCCUCUAGUUUCAAACAUCCUUCAGAUUCCGAGUUUGCGAAAAUUAAGCAGUUAAUCUCAUUAGAUCCUUAUCAAGAUAAUUACGAUAACAACGAUACGUUGUCUAGCCUAGACGAUACUAAAAACAGAAGGAAUAAACCGCAACAAGAUGAUACUAAUAAUAAUAAUCAAGGUGAAGCUAGGAACCCCUUAAUGCGAAAUAGGUCAACUCCUAGCUCUUUUUUCUCAAAUCUGCUGCUUAACCAAACUGAUGAAAAUGAGUUUCUAGAUCCUGAAACGGAUGAACGGUUUUUCGCGAAAAAUGAAUAUAAUGAACAUGAUUUUCUACAAUAUGAAGCCUUGAAAGAAGGCGGCCAGGAUCUGCAAAAAAGGCAAGAGCCUAGUUUACAUCAUCCAAAUAGUACUUAUGGUUAUAUGAAUUCAAGUGAUUGGGAUUCGGCUAGCUCGAAUAUAGCCAGGCAGACUAGUUCUCCAUCUGGGUUUUUGUCAUCGUUGACCAAUGUCAAAAAUGAUUUUUCUGGCAUGAAAGAAGCGAGAAAAGGCAGUUCGUCGAGUACUUCAAAUAACCAUAUCAGUUUCUCAUUAGGGUCAUCUUCAUCAUCAAGAUUCUUGCCCCAAAUAGCUGAAACCGAGAAUGGGUUGCACAAUUCCACCUUUAAUAGCCACAAGAGGAGCAGAGAUGGUGGUUCAAAGAUGUCACAGAAUGGAGAGACUGCAAACCGCCCGUCUAAUUUGGUUCACCAUAUGAGCUUGCCAAAAACUUCUUCUGAGAUGGAUGCUGUUGACAAUUACUUGCAUUUCCAACAAGACUCGUCCGUUCCUUGGAAAACACGUGCAAAAAGAGGAUUCGCCACACACCCACGAAGCAUUGCAGAGAGGUUGAGAAGAACUCGAAUCAGUGAAAGAAUCAAAAGACUGCAAGAGCUUUUCCCUGAUAUGGACAAGCAAACUAAUACAGCAGAUAUGUUAGAUAUGGCCGUUGAGUACAUUAAAGAUCUCCAAAAGGAACUGCAGACUUUGAACGAUGCUCGAGCAAGAUGCACGUGUUCAAGUGAACAGUUACAGUCUGGUUCAACGAUGUAGCUUGCUUUCUAUGUUCAAGUGAGCAUUACAUAAGCAGCAGAUGGAUCAGCAGGUACCAAUCAGAUUAAUGUUGUAAAAUGUAUAUGAUCUAGUUUUUUUUCUUAAUUAGAAGAAGGCAUAUAAUUAGAUCCAACAUUUGGAUGACCCAAAGUGGAUCAAGAACUUUGUCAGGAAGUUGAUGAUGUGAUCUGAAUUGUGGGUUACUUUUUGUUUUCGUUUC